UGAACAACGAGCAGCACCUGAAGGCAGCAGCAGCUAAAACUCGCGGAGGAAACAGGUGAACAUGAACGCUGGAAAGAGUCCAGUACUGAAAAUAAUCCUCAUAGGAAACUCCGGGGUGGGAAAAUCCUCCUUCAUGAACAGAUAUGUGACUCACCAUUUCACCAAUGCCUACCGGGCCACUAUAGGGACAGACUUCUUCUCAAAAACAGUCAACAUAGACGGGGACUUUGUCAUCCUGCAGAUUUGGGACACAGCGGGUACAGAGAGGUUCCAGUCUCUGGGCACACCUUUGUACAGAGGAGCCCACUGCUGCAUGCUGGUGUUUGAUGUCACAUCCAGAGAUAGUUUCUCUGCACUGGAGGGGUGGAGGAAUGAAUUUCUGAUCCAGGGCGAGCCUCAGGAGCCAUCUGAAUUCCCCUUUAUCGUGCUGGGCAACAAGACUGACCUAAGCAACAGGGAGGUGUCUCGCAGGCAGGCCAUGCAGUGGUGUGAGGACAUAGGAGCUGAAUACUUGGAAGGAAGUGCCAAACAGGAUCUAGAUGUGGAGAAGCCGUUCCUGAGAGCAGCUCAGAGAGGUUUGCAACAGUACAAAAAACACACAUUGGAAAAUACAGGACAUUUCCAGAUAACCUGCAAACAGCCGAGAGAAACUCGCAACACCUGUGAGUGCUGAGAGCAGCACUCGUCCCAGUGUGGGAGGGAAAGUUCAGAGAGACCCCGGCACUGACUGCUGAUGAUGACCUAUCCAACAAGGGUGCAAAAAUAGUGACCCAGCAAAGGUACUGUGGAAGGAAAGGACACAAUUUUAUACCACAUGGAGAGAGGAACAAACUCAUUAAAUGUUUUUUUCUUUUUUGAGAACCUUCAGCUUAUGGUCUAACUUAAGGCAUCACUACUAAAAUACACUGCUUUUGCAUGCAUGUCUAGUUUUGUUCAACAGACACACUGACACGCACAAAAAUUAUGAAUGCAUAUGAAGAGAAAGUUAUUUUCUAGAAAGGAAUUGGGAGGGGGGGGGGAACCACAAACAAAAACCAAGGUGCCAGCCAGAGAAAAGGUGGCAAGCGAAAACCUUGGCUCUGAUCGUCCUGGCUGUUUCCAUCACAACUGAAUCCGCCCUAACAAAGUAGAUUUACACUCAUAUCCAGUCAGAAACAUCCUCCCUGUACACGGUUGUAUUGUGAUGAACCUAACAUGGCAUCAGACUUUUACAGUGAAUCAGCCUGACAGAAUCAAAUCAGAACAAUCAGGGAGACUAUAUAUAUUUAUAUAUAUAACUGUUUCUUUUAUAAGUAAAGACACAAAAGGCAAUCGAGAAAUGACCAACAUGUAAAAAUGGUUUCUUACAGGUAAUUAUAUAAAAGGCCAAGAUGUUUUUUUUGUUUGUUUUAUUCUUGCUCUAUGAACGAACUAAUUUACAGGUGAGAACACUCCGGCCAUAUAAGCUUUCUUCCCAAGAUAUCCCCAUUCCAAAACAUACGGGUUGACACGUCAAGUUAGCUUGCACACCAUCUGUAGUCUGAAAUACAGAGCCGUGGAAGGACAAAAAUUAAAAAUUUAUUAAAUGGAUUCACAAACAUCAAUAGGAUAGGAAAAGUAUGCCUACUAAUAUAAUUCCUCCAUCCAAAAAUUAAACAAGCGGUGCGAGACCACAUUCAUGAGCAUAAAGUGUAGGACAGCUGAUGGGGAUAUUAAGGGGAGGGCAUGAACAGAUCUGAUGGUGUUUUUUUCUUCAUACCCUGUGAAAUUUCAGAUUUGGCAAACAAAGCAACACAAACACUGAGUAGUAAACAAAGUAAAAACUCUCCUCUCCCUGGGUCCACUUCAAAGUUCCCUUCAGUCCUAUCACCUCUGCGGUUCUACUUGGAACAAAUACAAAAAUCUUUCUCUCUUUCAUUACCAUCUGUUAACAUCAAGAACAUACAACCAACUGAAUGAAGAUUUUUAAAAAUAUAGUGGCAACCUCAACAAAGCCACCCAUCUUCCCACGAACACAAACUAUGGGGAUGAACA